GUUAGUUGCUUUAUUAUACCCAUCAACGCAACUCCUCCCAUUAAAAAAUCAAUCGUGGCGGGGCGCACACACACCACAGAACACACACACCACACACAAAGGUGUCAUGGAAACAGCUUCAUGUCUUCGUUUCUGUGUCCUCCUCUUCAUUGUUCUUAUCUUUUUUGCACGUUAUUGGUACCCUCCAAACAAACCAGGCUUCCUUUGGAGUUCCUACAAUAACGCAAGGAUUCAUCCCAACUUGGCCUGUGUCUUGGAGACCCAAAUUUCCAAGCUCAAUGAGACACCUCUUCACCCACUAGACCCACUCACUGCACAAGAAAUCAACAAGGUCCGAGCCAUCCUCUCAACCUAUGCACCCUUCUCAAAAUCCUUCCCACAAAUCCACUCUCUGUCACUCGAUGAACCCGAGAAAUCCCGGGUCAUGGAUUGGAAAAUGGGCGACGCAUUUCCCCCUAGAAAAGCAUCCGUGAUUGCAUUUUUAGAUGGUGAAACUCAUGUUCUCACUGUGGACUUGGAUUUGGGCCGGGUCACUAGCUAUGUCACUAACCGGAGUUCGGGUUACCCGAUGUUGUCCAUGGACGACAUUGCUGUGGCUUCACAGGUGACAAGGUCCAAUCAAGAAGUUAAUAAAUCGAUCAUGGCCCGUGGUGUGGACUUUUCCAAUGUGGCCUGCAUAACACCCUCCCCGGGCUGGUUUGGGCCUGAGGAGGAAGAUAGGAGGGUUGUGAAGGUCCAAUGUUUUUCGAGCCAAGGCACGCCAAAUUUCUACAUGAGGCCCAUUGAGGGGCUCACCGUGACAGUCGACCUCGAUAAGCGGGAGGUCGUGAAAAUUUCAGACAAUGGUCGGGGCAUACCCAUCCCAAAAGGCACGAACACUGAUUACCGGUUCACAGCCCAAGAAAUGCCGCCAGAAAUGGAGCCGAUUGGACCAAUAUCCAUGGAGCAACCCGAAGGCCCAAGCUUUCGGAUCGAAGAUGGGCAUAUGGUGAAAUGGGCCAAUUGGGUGUUCCACCUCAAGCCCGACCAACGAGCGGGUUUGGUAAUUUCACGGGCCAUGGUUAGGGACUCCGAGAGUGGUGGUCUAAGGAGUGUGAUGUACAAAGGGUUUGCGUCGGAACUAUUUGUGCCCUAUAUGGACCCGGAUGAAGCUUGGUACUUCAAGACAUUCAUGGAUGAGGGUGAGUUUGGGCUCGGGGCCACAACCAUGUCACUAGUGCCACUCAAUGACUGUCCUAGGCAUUCACACUACAUGGAUGGGCUUUUUGUGUCUGCUGAUGGAAGGCCUUAUGUUCAGCCCAACAUGAUUUGCGUGUUCGAGCGUUAUGCAGGGGAUGUGAGCUGGAGACACUCCGAAAACCCAGUAAAUGGUUUUGAGAUUAGAGAAGCAAGGCCAAAGGUGACGCUUGUGGUUCGAUCAGUAGCAACAGUGGGGAACUACGAUUACAUUUUUGACUGGGAAUUUCAAACAGAUGGUUUGAUACGCAUUAAGGUUGGGCUAUCUGGAAUGCUAAUGGUGAAAGGGACUUCUUAUGAGAAUGUGAAUCAAGUGCCAAAUGAAUAUGAGAUGACUGGUCCAUUAGUGUCUGAGAAUGUCAUUGGUGUGGUUCAUGACCACUACAUCACCUUCCAUCUUGACAUGGACAUUGAUGGCUCUAAUAAUUCAUUCGCUAAGGUCAAUCUUGUGAAGGAAAAGACUGUGCCAGGCCAAUCACCCAGAAAGAGUUACUUGAAAGCUAAGAGAAAUGUGGCCAAGACAGAGGACGAUGCGCGGAUUAAGCUUAAGCUCUAUGAUCCAUCUGAAUUUCAUGUUGUUAAUCCUUCGCAGAGGUCUAGGUUGGGAAAUCCGACAGGGUACAAGGUUGUCCCUGGCGCGACUGCUGCUAGCUUGCUUGAUCUCCAAGAUCCACCUCAGUUAAGAAGUGCUUUCACUAACAAUCAGAUAUGGGUGACUCUGUAUAACCGGAGUGAAUAUUGGGCUGGUGGGCUUUUGACAUACCAGAGCAAGGGAGAAGAUACACUUGCAGUAUGGUCUGAGAGGAAUCGUCCAAUUGAGAACAAGGACAUUGUGUUAUGGUACACUAUGGGAUUCCAUCACAUACCAUGCCAGGAGGACUACCCUAUAAUGCCAACAGUUUCAUCAAGCUUUGAUCUGAAGCCGGUUAAUUUCUUCGCAAGCAAUCCAAUCCUUCGCGCCAUGCCCAACUUCGAGAAGGACCUGCCCGUUUGCAGGCCUGCUAGUUCAUAUUGAUCAACUCUCCCUGCAAGUAUUUUAUCAACUUAUACUAAAUCUAUGCUUAUACAAGCAUUAAUACAUCUAGUGGAAGCUCUCCUCCCCUUUGGGGAUGUCGAGUGUUCUAGCCCCGGUGGGGAAAAAAAAUACAUAGUUGGCAUGUGUAUUUGCUUGAACAUCUAUAUAUAUAUGCUAUAUGAGAAUCAGUUGAUAUAGUUUGUUCUAUUAAGGAUUCGAGCAAGGUACACUAAACAUUCAUACAACUUGUAUUGCAUCCAAACUGAUUCCCCAAUUAUUUUACUUGGGAAUAAUUCUAUAUUGGAAUUGGCUACGAAUAGAAA